AUGGACAGUUCUCUUAGUGCGCAAGCGGCCCUCCGCCCGUUUGUGCAAACCUUCAUUCCAACUACCCGGGAGCAACGAGACCGCAUCAUGUCCACCGGCAAUAGCAUUCAUCCGAAUCCCGUGCACCCACAGUACUUACAGCCUCGGCAGCAACAUACAAGUUUCCCCGGGUCCCCACAUCACUCGGGUCAUCAGAGCGGCGGAACAUCACCCUACGGUUCCUCAUUUCCCAUGAACACUAUGAAUCCGAACCUCCCGACGCCAACCUCUUAUGCCCAGGGUCUGCCCUCUAGGGCCUCCUCACAUCCCGCUCCUAGCUCCAAUUCUCAGCAACAGCAACAACAACAACAACAGCAGAGCCCGCAGCAGGGUGGAUACCUCGACCCCGCUGCCUAUCUUAAUAUGGGGGAGGUGAUGGGUAUGGACAUGGACCCGAUCCCCAUGGGGAAUAAUAUGGAUAUGGAUUUAAGUAUUCUUUCCGCAGAAGAACAUGGAGAUCUUAGGGUUUUGCAGGAACGGGGGAGGGGCCGGGACCGCUUGCAUGCUCAGAGACUCCACUCAAUGUCGCAUCCGGAUGGCCAGGAUGGUGCCGGCCGGGGAAGGGGCGCUGUUGGCGGACGGAGGAAGCGUUCCGAGAGUGACGACAGCGUACACGAGCCCGUUGGCGUCGUCAGAGGGUCGAACACCGGUAACCGGAAGCAGAGGGGCAGACCACGGCUGGACACUAAAGAUGAGAAUGCUGCAGAUGUAGGAACCCUCGCUGGUUAUCACCACUCGUAUAGCCCUCUUGCUAAUGAGUUGCAUAGCGUCGGCGAACCCAAAUCAGACUUGCCCAGAGGGCCUAUAGAUUACGGAAGGAGACCACGAUCUCCUCGCUGAGGAAUAGGGUAACUGAAUUGGAGACCGCCAUUGAUGGAAUGCAGAGCACGUUCCUGGAGCUCCACGAGUCGGCCAUGAAGUGCUUGAGCAAGAGCAACGAUGCCCAAACCCUUGGCUACGGAACAAACCUCAAGGAACUUACCGAGAGGUUCUUGAGCUUGGCAAAGGGAGCCCUGGGCAGCUCCGAGGGAGCGGAUUCCCAUGACGAUGAAGGCGAAGGUGAGAACAAUGGCGAGGACAACUCCGCAAGGGCGAAGCGGCGGCGGAGUAGGGACGAAGACGGAGGCCCUGGCUCGGGGGGGAUGCAGGCGAACGGCCCAAACGGAGUGGCCAGUUAUGGGGGAUACGAAGUCAGUUACACCAGACAGAACAACUCACGAGAUUCCUUCAAUAAUAACAAUGGCAGUCAAAGUCGGAGUAGCGGGAACGGGAACGGGAACGGAAGGAGUGAUGCUACGAUGGGUCAUAUGGACUCGUCUCCAACGCCGAACCCUUACAGCGAUGCAUAUAUCUCUAGUUCCCCGGAGAGCGGAUAUGCCAACUACGUCCAGCCUAACAACAACCCUUUACAAGCGGCUGCUCAGUUCCGCCAGGAGGGGCCACUGGCUUACGAGGGAUUCUCGUAUUCAUUUCACGAGACCAACUUCUCCCGAAGGCUGCACCGCGCUGCGCUUGAGCACGCCCAUUUCAUGCUCACAUCACCUAACGCCGACCCACAAGAGGUUGCGCGCAUGUUUGCAUACACGUUCUGCUACCUUUCCAAAGCCGAUGUUAUCCGGGUCGUCAACCGGCUCCUUAACACAACCACCAAGGAAAGCCUGAAUAUCCGAGACUACCCAGAGAUCCUGCCCAAAAGCGUCCGCCCGGAGGUUAUGGAAGCCUACCUCUCUAACUCGGACACGUCGGUAUUCACCGACGGCCUAGCGGGUGAGGAUAUGAAAGACUUUGACCUCCGCCUGGAAGCCAAAAAGACGAUGCUAAAAAUGGGCAUCGACCAAAAGUUCCUACGCCCCGACGAAGUGGAAAAGUACAUUAUGGAGCUGGGAAUAUUGACCUCCAACCGGCAACAACAACAAUCUCACCUCAUUGACCCAAGCCUCGUGGAAACCAGUAAACCCCGUUCCUCCCCCCAACAGCUGCUGAAACAAACCCCAGAAGUACCGGAAGGUUCAACGGACUACCUGACGGCAAACAGGAUGGCCACGCCCUCCUACCUCAUCCACCCCGUUGCCACCCCCUCACCCUCUCCCACCCCCUCACCCCCGGCAAAUGCUAGAGAAUCCCGGUCCCCAUCGUCCUCCCCACACCUGACCAUGGAGAAGAAACUUCGCCUCUUUGACACGCACUCCCCGCCCACUGCCCGCGACGAACUGGACACACCAACCUCCACCAACGUCCUCGAAGGGGUGAAAAAGAACAUUGACAUAGACGUGUUUGUGAACCGUAUGUGCUCCCCCGCCCGCACCCACACCAAGGUUGCUGCAGGUGCAAGCAAUAUUACGUUCCCGAUGCCCGGGACGGCUAGAAGAGAGUUCCUGACGUGUUGGUGAUUUAUGGCAGAGCUGGUCAAGAAGGGGGUAUGUCUGGGCAGGUUUCCGGGGUUCAGGAAGAGUGAUGUUGAGGAGGCUAUUAGGGCUGCUUGGUUGGGCAUGGGGGUUCACUGA